UCACUUCAAAAAGAGAUUCAAAAUGACGAUUAUUCUCGCUCUUUAGAACCUUUCUAAACACAGCAUCAAGAUGAGAAAGAGAAGGAAAAAGAUUUCUCCGACAGUUCUGGAGAUAAAAUCCGAACCAUGUGACCAUGAAUCUCUUGUAGAAAGUGAACCAAAGACAUUGUUAAAAAUUGAGAAAGAGGAAUUUUCUGAAGAUGGAAAAGAGAAUAUUAAUCUUCUUCUAACAGAAGGAAUCCUCGGGAACGGGAAUCCUUGCAGUACAGAUAUUCCAGAUUCCCUGCAGUUUCACGAUUCCACAUUUGCACAUUCCAUAUUCUCAUUGGAAAUUCCUGCUGCUAAAUCAUUGUAUUUUCCCCCUAACAUAAUAACUCCGGAUAAAUCUAGUUUUCAAAAAACCCAAAGUGUCCGUGAGAUUCCGCCCCUGCUUCCUUUAACUCCACCCCCUGUAACUUCAGGCUGUGAUAACUCCUCCCUGCACAGAAUGAGGAUGAAAAUGAAACUACGGACUGAUACAAGGAUACAUUUAAGAUUUUGCAUAGAGAAACCGUCCGACAUGCCGGCAGAAAUCUGGGAUACAAUUAUCAAGCUCCAGUUAUCUGUAGAGGAUAAGCUUGAGGAAGGUUUGCUGCGUGUAUAUAAUGAAAAUGAGGUUGAAACAAAACGACAUUUCUCCUGUUUUGGAUGUUCUUUCAGAGCUGCCAGACUUAGUCAGAUCUCUCAACAUUUAGACCUUCAGAGGGUCAGCUUGGUUGAAUAUGAGUGCAAGCAAUGCUUAUUUGUAAACCCAUCCAGAUGUGUAUUAAACCAACAUAUGAAGAACCAUCAGCUGGACCCGGAUUACAGGAAGAGUAUUAAAGGAGGUUUGUUCUGUACACAUUGUAGAUACAAUGUAAGAUGCAGGAGUUAUCAUGCACACAAGGAACUCAUACAUACACCCCUCAUCCAGGCACACUUGCAGGACGAACAUUUAAUCCAUUGGAGGGAGUGGUUUCAUGGCAAAUAGUGAGGAGUACAUAAAUCAUUGGAGGGAGUGGUUUCAUGGCAAAUAGUGAGGAGUACUUAAAUCAUUGGAGGGAGUGGUUUCAUGGCAAAUAGUGAGGAGUACAUAAAUCAUUGGAGGGAGUGGUUUCAUGGCAAAUAGUGAGAAGUACAUAAAUCAUUGGAGGGAGUGGUUUCGUGGCAAAUAGUUAGGAUUACAUAAAUCAUUGGAGGGAGUGGUUUCAUGAAAAAUAGUGAGGAGUACAUAAAUAAUUGGAGGGAGUGGUUUUCAUAGCAAAUAGUGAAAAGUAAAUACACCACGGGAAGGAGUGAUUUCGUGGUUAAUAGUAAGGAGUAAAUAUACUGCACUUGCGGGAGUGUUUCAUGGUAAAAAUAUGGCAUAAUAUAUAAUACUCCAAUGUGAAUGAAAUGAGCCAUAAAAUGAUGAAUCAAUUUUUGAGAGAGAAGUGAUAAGUAUUUUGUGUUCUCUUUCUACCUUAAAAAUUAUAAACUAUUCCAAAUAGAAAGCGUAAUUAACUUAGCCAAUCAAUGUUCUAUGGCGGUUACCGAACAACAAUGUGCUGGUAAAUUAAUUUGUCUUGAUUUGCCACAAAUCUGUAAAAAAUAAUAUGCUUUUUUUAUUACGUAUUGUUUUUUUUAUACCAAGAUGUGCCUUAAAGCAAUAUUGUUCUAAGUUUUCAUUUUUUUUCUGAAUGCUUUUACAUGUAAUGUUCUAGAAGUUUUUUUAUACAAAUUAAAAUCGUUUAAUGGAAACCGUUGAA